AUGAUAUUAGCCAAAGAGUAUACAUCAGAUAAAGAAAUAGAUAUCAUUUACUAUUUCAACAAUCUUCAUGAUAUUUGUGCAUCAUUGUUAUUAUAUGAUGAAAAACAGGUUUUAAAAACAAUUAAAGAUAUAUAUGAAACUGAUAAACAUAAAAAACAACUUUUGAUAACAAAUUUUUUCUUUCCUUCUUUAACUUCUCAACCUGUAUUAAAAUAUAAAUUAGAAGAUUUGUCAUCUACAUCUAAAUCUCUUAAGAAAUGUAAGAAACAAGUAAAAGGUUGCUCUGGUGCUUUGUAUAAAAAAUUUAAAACGAAGCAACAAGCACAAAAAUAUAUCGAUGAACAAAAAAUUAAAGGUGAUGAUCUAUUGAAUAUUUGGACAGAUAGUUAUUUUAAGAAGAAUGGAAAAACUGAUGCAAUUGCAAGUAUUGAG